UGUCUGAUUGAAAAAAAGAAAGAUAAAGUUGAGAUUAUUGUAAGAAGUGAGGGAUAACGUUGAAAGGGAAGCUAGAAAUGGAGAAAUAUCUCUCUCACUUGCUGCUAACUAAGCAGUUUACGAACGAACAUAUAUCUAUCUACCUUGGGUUGAGUCAUUCAUUAUUGUUAGCUUAACUCUGACGAUCUGUCUGUCUAUCAACAGCAACAACAAGCAUCAAGGACGCUUGCUGUCUUGUAUCUCUCAACUCUUGACCAGAUCACUUAAUUAAUUGAGUACAUAAUAACUUUGAUCGAUUUGCGGAUAAAAAUAAAUUAUUAUGUUUUCUGUUGUUGGGUUGGCUGCAUAGAGAAAACUUGAUUCUGGAGAAAAAACAAUCUACAGUACAAUGGAAAAACAGAAGAGUUUUCGUGGAUUCAUGGAGAAACAGAAAAGUUUUCGCGUUGUCAUGGAGAGGCAGCUGAGCUUCAUGGGAAGUGAGAGGAAGAAGAGCAAGGAAUCACCUGGGAAACGUGGUGACUUACCCAUUCAUUUAGCUGCUCGGGCUGGGAACUUGACUAAAGUCAAAGAGAUACUACUUCAAAACCAUGAGGCAGCAAAGGACUUGUUGGCAAAGCAGAACCUCGAGGGGGAGACCCCUCUUUACGUCGCUUCUGAGAACGGACAUGAUUUGGUUGUUAGCGAGAUACUCAAAUACUUGGACUUGCAAACUGCUUCUAUUGUCGCCAGAAAUGGUUAUGAUCCCUUCCAUGUUGCUGCAAAGCAGGGUCAUCUUGAGGUGCUGAGAGAGCUGCUGCACUCUUUUCCCAACUUGGCCAUGACUACAGAUUUGUCCAAUUCAACUGCUUUACACACAGCUGCUACCCAAGGUCACAUUGACGUCGUGAAUCUCCUUUUGGAAUCAGAUUCAAACCUUGCAAAAAUAGCCAGGAACAAUGGUAAGACUGUCCUUCAUUCUGCGGCUAGGAUGGGGCAUUUGGAAGUUGUGAAAGCCUUACUAAGCAAGGAUCCAAGCACCGGAUUUAGGACUGAUAAGAAAGGUCAAACUGCACUACACAUGGCUGUGAAAGGGCAAAAUGAAGAAAUUUUGCUGGAAUUGGUGAAACCUGACCCAGCAGUUUUAAAUCUAGAGGAUAAUAAAGGAAAUACAGCAUUGCAUAUUGCUGCAAAGAAGGGCCGUAAUCAGAAUGUCCGCCGCUUGUUAUCAACGGAGGGUAUUAACAUCAAUGCUACUAACAAGGCGGGAGAGACUCCUCUUGACGUUGCAGAAAAAUUUGGAAGUCCAGAUCUUGUCUCCAUAAUGAGGGAUGCUGGGGCUGUUAAUUCCACCGACCAAGGGAAACCUCCAAAUGCAGCAAAGCAACUAAAGCAGACUGUCAGCGACAUAAAGCAUGAUGUGCAAUCCCAACUCCAACAGACACGCCAGACGGGCAUGAGGGUCCAGAAAAUCGCUAAGAAGCUGAAGAAACUUCACAUAAGUGGCCUGAACAAUGCGAUUACCUCUGCUACUGUUGUUGCUGUUCUCAUUGCUACAGUUGCUUUUGCAGCCAUCUUCACUGUUCCCGGUCAAUAUGUUGAAGAGAAAGUAAAUGGCUUUUCACUUGGACAAGCAACUAUAGCGAACAAUCCAGCUUUCCUGAUAUUUUUUGUGUUUGAUAGCCUGGCAUUAUUCAUCUCUUUGGCUGUCGUGGUGGUUCAAACUUCAGUUGUUGUGAUUGAGCAAAAGGCAAAGAAGCAGCUUGUUUUUGUCAUUAACAAGCUCAUGUGGCUGGCUUGCCUUUUCAUUUCCAUUGCCUUCAUUUCUCUCACUUACGUGGUAGUGGGAUCACACUCAAGAUGGCUUGCUAUAUAUGCUACAGUGAUUGGAAGCUUGAUAAUGCUCUCUACAAUCGGUUCCAUGUGCUAUUGUGUCAUUCUGCAUAGGAUAGACGAGACAAAAUUGAGGGCCGAAAGCCGUUCUUUCUCCAUGUCGCAUACAUCAGACCAGGAGAUUUUAAACGGUGAAUACAAGAGGAUGUACGCACUUUAGGUGUCAUAUAUGGCUCGUUGCUACCAAGCUAUGAUCUAAGCUAUGAUUUAAACGGUAACAGAUUAUACAAAUACAAGCUAUGAUCUAAGCUAGACUACAGAAACAAGUAGAAAGGAUUAAGUGUUGUCAAAUAUAGUAGUACGAUGUUAAAAUGACAUUUUAUUUUAGCAAUAUGUAAUGCAAAAUGUGUAUCGUCCUAUUGAAUACAGUGAAAUUAAAAAAUUGUCUUAAAGAUUAAUUUGUUUUGUA